AUGACGUCGCCGCGUCGUUCCUCCAAGCACCUGCCGCUCAUGUGCCGCCGUCGUCGUGACGUCGUGCGUGUCCCGUCUCCACGCUCAACGUCAACGCGCCCGCUCCAGCCCCAGUCCCGACCACGUACCACCAUUGACGACGUCCGCGUGUUUUCGGGCAUCCAACCAAGUGGGGUCCCCCAUUUGGGCAACUAUUGCGGCGCCAUUGCAAAAUGGGUCCAACUGCAGCAUUCGACCAAUGACACGUCGUCGUUGUCGUCACGUGUUUCGACCAAUGACACGUCGUCGUCAUCGUUCUUUUCGACCAAUGACACGUCGUUGUCGUCACGUGUUUCGACCACUGACACGUCGUUGUCAUCGUUUUUUUCCACCAAUGACACGUCGUUGUCGUCGGUCACUUCAACUUCAAGUGGGUACAAGUCGCCGGUAGCAGCUACAGUGUCGUCACUACCCUGCGCAAGUCCCCUAACCCGUCUUUUUUCGGUGGUGGACCUGCACGCAUUGACUGUCCCGUUUGACGCCACGCACUUGACGUCCCGCGUGUAUACGACAGUGGCUGCGCUCCUGGGCGCUGGCAUUGACGCUCAGCGCUCGAUUGUGUUCCGCCAGUCACAUGUCGCAGCCCAUUCGGAGCUCGCGUGGCUCUUGAGCUGCGUGACGCCGCUCACAUGGCUACAUCGCAUGACGCAGUUCAAGCAAAAGAGCAAGAGCAGGACGUGGCAAGAAGCGACAGCGUCUCCUCGUGCUGAGAGCUCGUUAGGGUUGUUGUCGUAUCCGGUGCUCAUGGCUGCAGACAUUCUGCUGUACCGGGCGACGCUCGUCCCUGUGGGCGACGAUCAGUUGCAGCACUUGGAGCUUGCUCGGAUGAUCGCCACGACGUUCAACACUCGCUUUGGACGGGACGAUGGAAGGAAGAAGAUGGAGAUGACGAGGUCAAGGCAUCGACCGGUGCUGUUGAAGCCGUUGCCAAUGAGGGACGAAGACGAUUCGAGUGGAGAUCCGGGCAAGUCGCUGGUUCGGAUCAUGAGUCUGCGGGAUCCGACGGUGAAAAUGAGCAAGAGUGACGCAUCGGUGAUGAGUCGUAUUGAACUGACGGACUCGGCUGAUGAGAUUCGGAAGAAGAUUCGCAAAGCGACAACGGAUGCCGUGCGCGGUAUUCAUUAUGACCGGAAGGAGAGACCUGGAGUUAGUAACUUGCUUGAUAUUGCGAGUGCUGUCACGGGUCAAAGCGUCAUGCAGCUUGAAGCGCAGUAUGCGGACUACGGCACGGGCGCUUUCAAAGACAGUGUGGCUGACGCUGUUAUUGCAAGGAUCUGUCCCAUUGGAGAGCGCAUUAAGCAGUAUGAAGCUGACUUGGAGUAUCUCGAUAAAGUGUUGGCGGAUGGUGCAGCCCGAGCUUCAGAGCUGGCUGCAGUGACAAUGAAGGAUGUCAAAGAGGUCAUGGGUCUUGUGAAGUCGUAA